AGCGGUUCACCGUUUUCAGUUCCGUCAACUUUUUUCCUAUCAGCUUUAUUCAACGAGUUUUAGCGUUGUGACAAUGAUCAACUUAGAGCAACAACCGAUGUUAGCCGUGACGCACCGGCCGCUUAUAUCAUCGUUCUCCAUUCGGUCCUUGCUCUAUUCACAAACAGAGUCGGAAGAUCCUGAAUUACUGGUUCCGCCAACUGUUGAACCAAGUGAAACCGAGUCCCCUGAACCCAGUGAAACCGACGGUGAAUUGUUGGACGUUAUCGGAAAUGGAGAGGAGUCUCCUUUAGAUUAUUCAAGGUCUGAUGACGAGCAAACCAGAGAAGCCAAGUCAAAAGAGAAGCCUUCUCUAAGUUACAACGCGUUGAUAAUGAAGGCCAUCGAAGACAGUCCAAAAGGUAUGCUAACUUUGAACGGAAUUUACGAGUACAUCAUGAAGAACUUUCCUUUCUUCCGAAACAAGAAGCAAGGCUGGCAAAAUUCCAUCAGGCACAAUCUCAGCCUAAGUCAAUACUUCAAGAAAGUACCGAGAAGCUUUGAUGACCCGGGUAAGGGCAACUAUUGGACGUUGACUGAAGCAGCUCGUGAAAAUGUUUAUAUUGGAGGCACAACCGGAAAACUGAGAAGGAGAUCGACUGCCGCUUCCAGGACCAGGUUAGCCGCUUUUAGGAGGUCUGUGAACUUGUAUGGUACGUUACCAAACACGUAUUCGCCUUGGUAUCCAGCACCACCAAACCCUUCGCAUUUUUGGCCUUUAAUGCAAACUGCAAAUCCUACGAUUCCAAUUAUCAGACCUUCACCCAUUCAACCUCAGAUGUAUAAUAUGGACAGGCUACUAGUGCCUCUGCCUCAGAGAGUGAGUUUCUUGCAUAGACCUAUGGAGUUUGGUAAUUCGAUGCUUCCAGAGCAUUCGAUGAUGGGGCAUCAUUCAUAUCCAUACCUCGUUCCUGCUGCUUCGCCUUCUGGAAGUUCUUGCGUAUCAGAUCAGUGAACUAAUGAACUAAGUGUUUUUAGCAACGAUCUUUAAAACUAUUGAACGUGCUAUAUUUUAAAAUGGACUAAGAUAAAAAAAACUAUGUGAUAAAUAGAGUUAAUAUUAUUUUAUAUAGUUUUUUUUCGAGAUCGAAAGGCAUAUUAUAUUGAAUUUUAUUGUAGUAUGGUGCUAUGAGCUAUAUUUCUGAAGAAAAUUAUUGUAGCAAAUUACAUGUUACUACAUUACAACAUGUAAGAUUUUUGUUUCUGUACACUUUUGUCACUGUAUUCAUGUUUUAUAAAAUUUAUCCUAAAUUUUUGUUUUGAAAUAGUUUGUUUAUUAAUGGCAGAUGUAACAUCAAAUAUUGAUCUUGAAAAAUGCUAUACCUACCUGAUACCAAAUGUAGGUUGUAAUUAUAGAGUGUAUGUUCCUUAAUGAUAGAGUUGAUGAUACUAAGACUGCAUUGUUGUAUAUUUUAUCAAAAAUAUUUGUAUAAGUUUUUAAGUAUUAGACAUAAUUGUGA